GCUGAGCCCUCGAAGUAAAUCCAUUGUUACUACCAAAAGUGGGGCAUCUGGCAAACGUCUGUCGUGGACUGCCUGCCUCGCGACAUGUGGUAUCAGUCAUGUACGACUUUGUCAGCCAUGUGCUUCGACGCUACUUCGAGGCGACUGGCUGGAACGAACACAAUUCCUAUCUGAAUCUCAACGCUGCCAGCGCUGCGAUCCUCGAUUUUCCCACCCCUCCCGGCGUGGCAUUCUCGAUCUCUGCCUCUCCGUCUCCGCCCUUUUUUACAACGUACCGCCUGCGGGCUCUCCCUUCACUGCAGGGCAAUGUCGGAUACAUUUUCUCCUCAACCGAUGUCGAGCACGGUGUCACGCUCAAUAUCGGGCACAGCAGCGGAAGGGUUGGCUUGAAGCGCAUGAUCGAGCGCUUCCGAGCGCCAGGCUUACCCACCAGACCCCAAGGGAAGACAGAGACUUGGCUAGCCAGCCGACGCGCGGUCAAAAGAGACUACCUGCUGUACGGAUGCAUGCACAUUCCUUCGUCCCGGGUUGAUGCACUUUGGACGACGCGUCUGGCGCCUACAUGGCAAGCAAUCCUCUCAGCGUCCUCGACGCCGCCUCGCGUGCCUUUAUCGCAGCAGCUCUCACAGCUGUCCGGGCUUGCGAGCGAGCAAAAUACAGGCUACAGCACUUCGAACUUCAAGCCGACGCCCACGAAUCUGCAGAUACUCCUUCAGCGGGACACUGGUAAAUGGUCUACCGAAUACAGCUAUUCGCUCGACGAUGCGCUGUGGGGGUUUCGCUUUCUGCACAACUUCGCAAGUCGGGAGCAAACUGUCAGAGCUACGGAUGAGAAUGGCGUCACCGCUAAAGACAUCAAAUCUGUCGCCGAAGACUCGACCGGAUGGUCGGCAGGCGGUGGCCUACAGGGCCGGUUCAGUGCGGGCGCCGAAUUUUUCUUUAGCUCAUUAGAAAAGAGCGCAGGGCUUUCGACAGGCGUGCGCUUUGCGACGAUCCCUGAUGGCGCAGAGAACAACGAUGAUAUGCCUUCGCAGGCACCAACGAUCAUCACCGCGACGUUGAAUCCAAUGAUGGGCCACCUUAGCAUGGCCUAUGCAGCGCGCAUGGCGCGCGACGUGGCAGCUUGCUCACGCUUUGAUUUUAACGUGUAUUCGUACGACUCGGAGCUCACGCUGGGCUUUGAGUACUGGCUGCGUAGUAGUCCGGCGCCGUCUUUGCCCGUCUCGCUCAGUCGCGCAGCCGCGCAGAACAUAGCAACCGAGAUCGCCCCUGCUUCAGCACCUGCAAGGCCCCUCGUCGCUGCUUUGCCGGGGUGGUCCUUGCGUGAGCGCCCAGAUCAAGUUUCGGCAUCAAGCACAGCUGCGCCGGUCAGCAGUAGCUCGUUGCGCGAGCCGGAUUCGAGUGUGGUUGCCGGCUUCGAACUUGCGGAUGAAUGUGUGAAAGAUGGGUCACUACAAUCGUCGGCAUCGUCUCAAGGCGACGAGCAAGUGUCGACGGCCGUGACGGCUUCGCAGCGGCCCUCGUCAGACCUCAUCGGCUUGAUCAAAGCGCGCGUCAGCUCGACCACCGAGAUUUCUCUCAUGUGGCAGGGGCGCAUGCGCAACUCGCUCGUCAGCGCCGGCUGCCGCGCAAACUUUAACAAUCGAGUCAAGCCCGUUACCAGCGUUGGAUUGGAGAUCAUGUAUUUCUCGAGCGCGGCGGAUCUGCCGCCGGUGCCAACCGGUCAAGAGGAUGAUGUUACAAGUUGAUGAAAACGAGAGUAUACCGUUGUGUGCUAGAGCAACUGAUGGGCAGCGCUGUGUGUGCGGGUACAAGUAAUUGUCCAGAGCAAGCAAAUUCUGCCGAUUCGGAAACAAGGUGGCGUUGUUAAUUCAGGCCUCUGUGGGGUCUGCCUCCGCGGACUUGCGCUCGGCCAAAAGACGCUCCUUUCUCUGCAGUCCACAGGAAAUCCGUCAGGAACACAGAGGGGGGCCGCCGUGAGGAGGGCCGUGAGGAGGACCUCCGCGCCCGCAACCGUGGUUUGGCGGCCCGCCAAACGGAGAUGCAUGCAUGCCUACGAGCGCGAGGGGGAAGCGCUCUGGGAGGUGAAACGAAACGGAGAGCAGCGAGACGAUACCGGCAAUGUCCUUU